UGCUUUGCAACUUGUGAUCCUCCUCCACAUAGCUCUCUUUUAAGGAUCUGUGAUAUUCAUCAUCUCUCCAGCCAUACUUGCUAAUGGAUUCUUCUUCUUUUUUCCUAACCACUGUUGUUGCUGCAACAAUAGGCUUGUUCACGCUUUUUAAAAAACUCAGACUCCAUCAAGAAGAUGACAAAGAAACGUCAUCACCACCUCCAUCUCCUUCAUCUUCUCUAUCUCUUUCAUCUCCUCCAUCUCCUUUGAAUCGCAUCUGGACACACCACGUCUUUCCAAGCUUCCGAGGGGAAGAUGUCCGUAGAGACUUUCUUAGUCACAUUCAGAUGGAGUUUCAAAGAAUGGGAAUCACACCAUUUAUUGAUAACGAGAUCAAGAGAGGAGAGUCCAUCGGUCCUGAACUCAUUCGGGCGAUUCGAGAAUCCAAGAUUGCAAUUAUCUUACUCUCGAGAAACUACGCUUCUUCGAGCUGGUGUCUUGACGAAUUGGCAGAGAUUAUGAAGUGCAGGGAAGAACUUGGUCAAACGGUGAUGGUUGUUUUCUAUAAAGUGGAUCCGUCUGAUGUAAAAAAACUAAACGGAGAUUUUGGGAAAAUCUUCAAAAAAACUUGUGUCGGUAAAACAAAACAGGACAUUGGGAGAUGGAGACAAGCUUUGGCAAAAGUAGCCACAAUCGCCGGUUACCAUUCAAACAGCUGGGAUAAUGAAGCGGCUAUGAUAAAAAAAAUAUCUACUGAUAUUUCCAACAAGUUGAAUAAUUCGGUAUCAUCAAGUGAUUUCGACGAGUUGGUUGGUAUGAGAGCUCAUUUGGAGGAGAUGAAACGAUUGUUGUGCCUAGAUUCAGAUGAAGUGAGGAUGAUUGGGAUUUGGGGUCCUUCUGGGAUCGGGAAGACCGCCAUUGCUAGAGUUGUGUACAACAAUCUCUCCACCAGUUUUCAACUGAGUGUCUUUAUGGAAUCAAUCGAAGCAAAAUAUACAAGACCUUGUUCCGAUGACUACAGUGCAAAGUUGCACUUACAACAGCAGUUUAUGUCUCAAAUAACCAACCAGAACGAUAUGAAGAUUUCUCAUUUGGGAGUUGUUGAAGACAGGCUAAAAGACAAGAAAGUUCUUGUAUUUCUUGAUGGUGUGGACAAGUCGAUGCAACUAGAUGCCAUGGCGAAAGAAACUCGGUGGUUUGGUCCUGGGAGUCGGAUUAUCAUCACAACUCAAGACCGAAAGCUUUUUAGGACACAUGGGAUUAGCCAUAUUUACAAAGUGGAUUUUCCACCAGCUGACGAGGCUCUUCAAAUGUUGUGCACAUAUGCUUUUGGUCAAAAGUCCCCUAAAGAUGGUUUUGAAGAACUUGCUUGGGAAGUUACAGAACUUGCUGGUAAACUCCCUUUGGGUUUAAGGGUAAUGGGCUCUUAUUUUCGAGGAAUGUCUAAGCAGGAUUGGGCAAAGGAACUUCCAAGGUUAAGGACUAGCCUUAACGCCGAUAUUCAAAGCAUUUUGAAGUACAGUUAUGAUGCCUUAGAUGAGGAAAAUAAAUAUUUAUUUCUUCAUAUAGCUUGCUUUUCUAAUCAUGAAGUGAUUGAGAAAGUGGAAGACCAUCUUGCAGAGAUGUUCUUGGAUGUGAGGCACGGGCUUAACGUAUUAGCAGAGAAAUCUCUCAUCUCUAUAAAUAGAUAUGUAAGCAUGCAUAAUCUGCUAGUCCAACUAGGUAGAGAUAUAGUCCGUAAACAGUCUGUUCGUGAGCCUGGACAACGCCUAUAUUUGGUUGAUGCAAAAGAAAUUUGUGAAAUACUCACUGAUGAUGUAGAAGCUAGUAGAAGUGUCAUAGGCAUAGAUUUCGACUAUAGCAUGAAUGGGGUCAAGGAAAAUUUCCAUAUAAGUGAGAGAGCCUUUCAAGGAAUGACUAAUCUCCAAUUCUUAAAAUUAUGGGGGUGGUUCCGGGAGUAUACAUCACUUCUACCAUGUGGUUUAGAGUAUAUGCCUCCAAAACUUCGAUUACUAGAGUGGAAGUAUUUUCCGAUGACAUGUUUGCCUCCUAUUUUCAACUCGGAGUUCCUGCUCGAAUUACAGUUGUGUUAUAGCAAACUUGAGAAACUGUGGGAAGGAAUUAAACCGCUUCCAAAUCUGAAGUGGAUUGAUUUGAGUUGGUCUAAAAACUUGAAAGAGCUUCCUGAUCUCUCAACUGCCACCAAUCUUAAGGAAUUAAAUCUUGAAGAUUGCUCCAGCCUGGUGGAGCUCCCCUCUACUAUUGGGUAUACCAAAAAUCUUCAGAAAUUGAAUCUCCGUAGGUGCUCAAGACUGAUCAGUCUCCCCUCUUUCAUUGGAAUUUCCUCUCAUCUCCAAGAGUUAUCUCUCGAUGGAUGCUCAAGUCUGGUGGAGCUUCCUUCCUUUGUUGGUGAUCUCAGCAAUCUAAACAAAUUGGAUUUUAGUUAUUGCUCAAGUCUGGUGAAGCUUGGUUCCUUUGUUGGUGAUGUCAGCAAUCUAAAAAGAUUGGAUUUUAGCCGUUGCUCAAGUCUGGUGGAGCUUCCUUCCUUUGUUGGUAAUCUCAGCAAUCUAGAAGAAAUGAAUCUUAUCCACUGCUCAAGUCUGGUGGAGCUUACUUCCUUUGUUGGUAAUCUCAGCAAUCUAAAAGAAUUGGAUCUUAGCCAUUGCUCAAGUCUAGUGGAGUUCUCUUCCUUUAUUGGUAAUGCCACUAAUCUAGAGGAUUUGUAUCUUAGCUAUUGCUCAAGUCUGGUAAAGCUUCCCUUUUCUAUUGGAAACCUUCAGAAGUUGCAGAUUUUGAAAUUACGAAGCUGCUCUAAGCUAGAGUUUCUUCCGAACAACAUCAAUUUGGAAUCUCUCGACUCACUUGAUCUAACUGAUUGCUUGCUGUUGAAAAGUUUUCCUGAGAUCUCCGCAAACCUUAGCGUUCUCGAUCUCACAGGAACUGCAAUAGAAGAAGUCCCUUCAUCAAUCGAAUCUUGGUCGUCUCGUCUCAUUGAGUUGUGUAUGUCGUACAGUGAAAGACUCAAGGAAUAUCCUCAUGCUUUUGACGCCAUCACAGAUCUGCACGUGAGUGACAAAGAAAUACAAGAGCUUCCUCCAUGGAUCCAGAAAUUCUCUCGUCUGGAUACACUUAAGCUCGAUGGUUGCAAAAAGCUGGUGUCAAUCCCACAAAUUCCAGAUUCCAUUGAAACCAUAGAUGCAACAGACUGUAAAUCCCUGGAAGAGGUUCCCUCAUGCAUCAGCAAAUUCUCUCAUCUGCAUACACUCGUGCUCAAGAGAUGCAAAAAGCUGGUAUCACUCCCACAGAUUCCAGAUUCCCUCACUUCCAUAAAUGCGGAAGAUUGCGAGUCCCUGGAGAGACUAGAUUGCACCUUUCAAAAUCCAGAGAUUUAUAUUUUCAACUUUGCUAAGUGCUUCAAAUUGAAUCAAGAAGCCAGAGACCUCAUCAUCCGAACACGGAUUAGGCAUUGUCAUGCGGUCUCACCCGGCAGAGAAGUGCCUGCAUACUUCACUCACCGAGCUGCUACUGGAGGUUCUUUGACAAUCGAGCUAAAUGAGAAGCCUCUUCCUACAUCCAUGAGAUUUAAAGCUUGCAUUUUGCUGGUUAAUGAAGGUGUCCAUGAAGCUUUCUCUCACGUUGAUGUUACGUGCAAAAAGAGCACGACUGCAAUAUAUCCCAUUUUAACAGAGCAUCUGUACAUAUUUGAACUCGAAAUGGAUGUGACUUCCAGCGAGCUUGUCUUCGAGUUCAAGGUCGACCAUAGGGAUUGGAAGGUAGGACAAUGCGGGGUACUCCAACUCUCGGAGGUCCCUUGAUGAAUCAUAAAAAGGCGAUUUCAGUGACACACCCUUGAUGAAACUGCUGUCUAUGCCAAAGUAUUGGAGACUGUCACUACAAUUCAAGAGCAUAAUGAGAGAAUCAAGAAGAGGUAAUCUUAUUUACGUUAAUGAUAGAUUCUGUGCGAUACUAAGGGAAUUUGGAAGCACUGGGCAUCUGCAAAUUUUAAGAUCUUCUUUUAGGAUUUCAAAUGGUACUUUAGUCACAAAAGGUCAUGUGUAUCUGCAACCUCAAUUCUUCUUAAAUUUGUUAAUCUUGAACCAUUAUUGUUGAUCUUUUCUAUAUAUAAAAAAAAAAAAUCAUCUGAAGAAAGCAUUUUCAAUUUUAAA